AUGGGGGUUCAGUCCAAGCAGUUUGCAUCUGCUCAUAGGCGAGUGGUGAAAAGUAUUAACAAGUCGUUCUUUCGACUACUCUGCAUUAUUGGAUCUGCAAUCCAGCGGAAUAUCAUCAUCGGUUUUGAGAAGAAGUGUGGAUGCGUUCAAAUCGUGUAUCUCGGCACAGCGCAGUACCAGUGCCAGUGUGGAGAAGCACCGAUCUCAGGACCAUCGUCAGCACAGUAUCAAUGCAACUGCCAUGGAAACCAACAGCAGUACCCAGCUCUGAUUAACGACGCUCCUGUUGUCACUCCAGCUCCAGAAGUCACAGAGACCUACCCUCCAAUUACUUAUGCACCCGAAUUGCCACCUGUGGAGGCUCCCGCCGUGAUUGCUGAUGCACCACAACAGCAUCAAGCCAGCCCUCAAUACCCGCUGACAACCUCCUGUAUGGUUUAUGUGGGUGUGCCAUCGUCUCCUUGCGUCUGCCUUCCACAAUACGACCAAUGCACUCAGAAUAUCUGCUGCCUGAAAGCGAAAUUCCGCAGUCAUAAGAGUGCCGCCUCAUCCGCAAAAGAACCAAGCACAGUCGAUAUGCUCAUGAAUAUCUUGCACAAGAUCAAGACUAAGCUCAACGACUAA